AUGAAAGGAACUCAACCUCACCAGCAACCCCCUCUGCCCCCUCUGCCGGCCCCUCCCCCUCAUCGGCUGUCGUCGACGUCAGUAGUGUCGGCCCCUCUUCCUCUGAUCCCCGUCCCCCUCCCCCUAACGCACCCCAAUCUCAACCGCAACCGUACCAGCACCAGCACCAGCCGCAUCCGUCACCACUCCCACCACAUCAACAACUACCACUGCCACCCCUGGCCGCCCAUCUCGGCAUCUCGUCAAGACCAGUAUCGAAUCCCGAUCUUGGGGACUCCCACCAUCGUCACUCAUCAUCUCUCUGGAUCGAUCGACGACAGGGUCUAUGCUCAGCACCUGGACCCUUACCACCCACACUCGCGUUCAUCGUCCGCUGCCUCGACGCCUUCGGGAACAUCAACAUCUGGCUUUGGUGCCCCUCCUCGGCCAGCUUCCCGUUCUGGAGGUAGCAGUUAUCACGCCGACCACACACACCAUACGAACCAUACCCCUGCCCAGUAUCAACACCAAGCACAACAUCAAUAUCAACAUCAAAACCAACAGCACCAACACCAACUCCAACAACAACCACAUCGACAACCCGACCAAAUACACCCCGUCUACUCCCACUUCCCCGUCCCCAACCCCGGCUGCGGCUCCUACUUCAGCAAGCUCCACUUCGCCGGCUACCAUCUAGGAGAAAUCUCCUCCUACAACGGCAUCCCCUUCUUCUCCGAAGACGGGCAAGCAUGGAUCCGUUCUCGCACCGGUCAACACGCCUCCUUCCCAGCGAUAUGGGGUGACGUUCCCCCUUGGCAGACGCGGCCCAGCGUCGAUUCUGUUUUCCUCGGCAAGGUGGCAGAAAAGCCUAUAGGGCAGCUCGAACUACCUGAUCGCAAAGUCGUGGAGCAGUACUUUUCUUUCUUUAUAAGCUCCGAGUUUCGACUAUCGUUUCCGCUGGUUGAUCCGGUGUUGUUCAAGCAGACAAUGGAUGUGGCUUAUGAACAUGGGGAACGGGUGACGAAUGGGUUGGGUUUUGAGCAGAUCACUGCCAAGGCGUGCGUGUUUGCGUUCUUGUCGGUCAUUUCGCUACUGGAGGCCGAGAGGACGGAGAGGUUCCCGGAUAUCCCGAGCAUUGACACGGAUAUGAUGGCUGCCAAGGCGCAGAUGCUUUUGCCGCUGACUAUCCCGGCGCUGGAUAUCACAAGUCUACAAACGUCUUUCAUGCUCUGUCUGUACCAGCUCUUUUUGGGACAGGUCCAAUCGUCGGCUAUGCUUUUGGCGUUCGCUUGCCGGAUCAUGUUCAUGCUGGGAGGACAUAAACUCUCUAAUGAUUCGUGGCUACCAACUCCUGAGUCUCGUUCAGGGAGUGGAACGACAACACCGGCUUCAGCACCAGUGGACAUCGCAGACCGCAAACGCCGUCACCUCCGCAAGCUCUUCUGGCUCUGCUACUACGUCGACACCGACAUAUCCCUCCGAACAGGCCAACCCCCUUCGAUAGACGACGACCACUGCGACCUCUCCUUACCACCGGGCUACAUCGAAAUCCAAUACCUCGAUCGUCGCGAGCUGGAAGCCCUCAAGGAACGGCACUUCUACCCCUUAAACUCCUACCCCAACAUGCCCUCCCCCUCCCCCUAUCCCUACAACCAAGGAGCAGGACAAUCCGGUCCCAACCCCUCCAAACCCUCCGGUACUCCCACAACCAUGACAUCAGCAGCCCAAGGACAUCGAAUCAGACACCCCUACCUCGGACACUCCUACCCCGGACUAGACGAAACCUCCGUCCCCGUUCUACCAGGUGACCUCCGUCUGACCCUGAUAAAAUCCAAAACCUGCAAACUUCUGUACUCCGCCUUGGCCCUGCGCAAGUCUGACGCCGAGUUGUUGCGGGACAUCCGCGAGCUGGACGACGAACUGGAAAGGUGGCGGUUAUCAGUGCCGGAACGGUAUCGGCCUGCGCUUUCGUUGCCUAGAACUUCACCCCCUGGGGGUUUGCAGAGGGCACAGGGGCAGGAAGGAAGUCAGAAGGGGAGUGGUGGGGGAUGUUAUUUUCAGGUACCUGGGCGUAAGCAGGAGCAGGAGCAGGAGCAAGGGCAGGGCCAGGGACAGAAGCAGGGGCACGGGUAUGGCAAGAGCUACGACCACACCAUGUCCGCCGAGAGCGUCCGGACCAUCCUUAUCAACCUACAAUACCACCAUCUGGUCGCCACCAUUCAUCAAGCGACUGGUCGCUGUAGAGCCUGGCAGAACAGGAGCUCGAUGCUGGAGGAGAACACGAACGCGAGGACGGGGGAGAUGUUGAUGGAGGGCGUCAGCUCGAGUCUGGCCCUCUCGGUAGAAGCAAGCCGUUCAACGCUGAUCUACCUACGCUCCGUUACACGCGCCCUGCUAGGAGAAGCGUUUUGGGUAAUAAUCCUCUACCCAAUGUCAGCAGUAAUGACCAUCUUCUGCUCCAUCCUACUUAACCCCUUAGACCCACAAGCCGAAGACGAUUUGCGGUUGCUAGAAUCCGCUCCGGAUUUGAUCAAAGGGAUACGCAUCCGUCGACCGACGCAGACGGAACUGCUGCACUUGAAGACGGUGGAUGAGUUCAUGGGGGAGUUGAUGAGGUUGGGCGGGUGUGCGAUCAGACGGGCGAGGGAGGAACAGAAGGAGAGGGAGAGGGAGAGGGAGAGGGAGAUGCAAAGGGGAAUUGGGGGAAUGGGAUAUCGGUUGCCGGAGUUGAGUGAAGCUAGUGGUGGGGAGGGGUGGAGACGCGGAUGA